AUGAUGUUAAAUUCUCUAUGCACAUUGAACCACACAUUUAUAGAACCAAGAUGUUGCAUCAAUGAACCCGAAAGGAAAUCAAAUGACUCCAAUGGCGUGGCCUUGAAGAAGUUCAAGAAAGACAGUGUUUACAUUGACAAAACCGGCAAAUUAAGGAACUUCAAUCACAAGAAACUUUCAAGGAAAAGCUGUGGUUCUUUGAGAGGAAGAGGAUGGAAAUUUGGUUCUGGAUUUGUUGAUGGGAUUUUCCCAGUUUUGAGUCCAACUGCACUGCAGAUUUUGGAGUAUCUUCAAAAGGAAGCCGAUACCGAGAGAAUAUGGAGUUCAUUGGACAAGCUUCCACCUUCUCUUGAUGCAUGGGAUGAUGUUUUAACCGUGUCCGUUCAACUUCGCAUCAGAAAACAAUGGGACUCAAUCAUUUCGAUAUGUAAAUGGAUAUUGCUAAGAAGCACAUUCAAGCCAGAUGUGAUAUGCUAUAAUUUACUGAUAGAUGCUUUUGGCCAAAAAUUUCUAUACAAAGAGGCAGAAUCCAUAUAUUUGCAGCUUCAUGAGGCUAGAUGCAUUCCUAAUGAAGACACCUAUGCCCUACUCAUAAAGGCCUAUUGUAUGUGUGGGAAGCUUCAGAAUGCUGAAGCAGUUUUCGCAGAAAUGCGAAAUUAUGGUCUUCCUUCGAGUGCUGUUGUGUACAAUGCUUACAUAGAUGGAUUAAUGAAAGGAAGAAACUUCGAGAAAGCGGAGGAGAUUUUUCUUAGAAUGAAGAGAGAUGGUUGCAUGCUAUCGAUCGAAAGCUAUACAAUGUUGAUAAAUUUAUAUGGCAAAGAUGGUAAAUCCUAUAUGGCCUUGAAAGUGUUUGAUGAAAUGCUAAACCAAAAGUGCAAACCUAAUAUUUGCACAUAUACUGCUCUAGUGAACGCGUUUGCGAGAGAGGGAUUAUGUGAGAAAGCAGAAGAGAUAUUUGAGCAGAUGCAAGAAGCUGGAAUUGAGCCUGAUGUAUAUGCUUAUAAUGCACUUAUGGAAGCUUACAGUCGUGCAGGUUUUCCUUAUGGAGCAGCAGAAAUUUUUUCACUGAUGCAGCAUAUGGGAUGUGAACCAGAUAGAGCCUCAUAUAAUAUCUUGGUGGAUGCAUAUGGGAAAGCAGGUUUUCAAGAUGAAGCUGAAGCUGUUUUUGAAGAUAUGAAAAGAGUUGGAAUAACACCAACAAUGAAAUCCCACAUGGUACUUUUAUCUGCAUAUUCCAAAACGGGAAAUGUGAGUAAAUGUGAAGACAUUCUCAACCAAAUGUGUAAAUCAGGUCUAAAACUCGACACUUUUGUUCUCAACAGCAUGCUGAACUUGUAUGGAAGGUAUGGACAAGCAGGAUUUAUUGAGAAAAUGGAAGAACUCUUUCAAUUACUUGUUGCCAAAGGUUUAAAACCUGAUGUGGUUACUUGGACUAGUCGUAUUGGAGCUUACUCCAAAAAAAAGCUUUAUCUAAAGUGCUUAGAAAUAUUUGAAGAAAUGAUUGAUGCUGGUUGUUAUCCAGAUGGAGGAACUGCAAAAGUGCUUCUUGCAGCAUGCUCUAAUGAAGAUCAGAUUGAGCAGGUUACUAAUGUGAUUAGAACAAUGCACAAGGAUAUGAAGACUGUUCUGCCAGUAGCAUAG